UUAUGUUCACACAAUGAGUAAUUUUAAUAGCUAAUCUUUGGUAAUUUAUUGAUAAGAAAUCCUUAGUCAUUUAAAACACAUAAAAUUUGGCUUAGUAUGCUUUGGUUGAACAAUGCGGUUUUAUAAUUUGGCAGAUAAUUUUACUUAUUUUCUCCCUUUGAGUAACACAUUAAUAAUAAUAAUAAAGUAUUUUUACAAUAUUUUCACAUAUAAUUCACAUUUUUAUGACACUUGAAGUUUCAGGGGUAAGUUAUUUUGAUAGUUGGUGAUUCAUUAGGCAUUGGCCACUGGUAAUUCGUGACAGUGUACAAUCGAUUUGUUGGGUUCUUCAUUGAUUCAUCUGUCGCCAUUUUGCGAUCUUUGAUUUAUACAGUAAGUUGGCUUUUAAUUGGGAUAAUUAUUAUUCUAUUGAUUUGUGAGUGAUGAUAAUGGUAUAGAUGGCUUCUAAAUUUUCUAUUUCUUUGUUUUUAGGCACUGGUUUCGCUGGUCAAAGUGGGCACUUGUCUGCUGGAUAAUUGCGUUGUUUGGUGUUUGUUAGGUAUGUAUUCAGUGAAUGGUAAGGCAAGUGACAGUUCAUCAUAAUAUUAUUAUUUACCUCCUUAUCUUUCAGUGUCUAGAUAAUAUAGCUUGAGAUUAUAGGCAUUGGACUUUGAUUCUGUAAAUAGUCUGGUGGUUCAGAUGACCGAUUCUCCAUUAACUCUAAGAUUUGGGAUAGCCUAGAAUAUUUACUUGGUGUAUCUUGAAUUUUUCUGAUUCUCAAAUUAUUAUUGUAAAUUCUAUAAUCCACUUUCUUAACAUAAGUCACGCCCUCAUUCAUCAUUACAUUAAUAAUACAUUCUUCAAUCGACAUCAUAAUCAUACAAAAAAUUACAACAAAAUAGAUCAACAUACUUAUUAAGCUCAUAACAUAACCUCCUAGUAAACAAUAAUCAGAUAUUCUUUCUUCCAAUAAACAAUUCAUUCUUUCUUUCAAUUUUAUUGCACACAAUUCAUCUUUCAAUAAUUUCAUAUAAUAAUUCCUUUCUUUAUUAUCACAACCUUGUCUUGAAUCUGUUAUUAAAUUUUCAUUAAUUUUAAGCAUAUUCCUUUUCUUUAUUCCAUAAUUGCCAUCACUACGGUAAGCUGCUUGCUUGAACCGUGUGUGCUUCGGGUGCAUGUUAGUCCAAUUAUUCACUUCAUCCUGGUGCCGGUACUCCUCUCUGCAUGCUGCCUUCUUCCCGUGGUUGCCUGGUUUCUGUGCCUCUUUUUGGCGGUACUUGAAUUUAGCAUGAGGACGGUAACCUCUCUUCCUUGUUGCUUCCUCCAGUGGGCCUUCCUGUGUUGGGUUCCAUGUCCCAAUCUGACGUCGUCCUUUCGGUCACACUUUCUACUUGUCUUGUUGGCAGUUUGCCCCUUGAAUUUAGUGUGCCGCGGGUGGAUCCAAUGAUGCUUGGGUGGUGACUGCUCGAACCAGGUAUGCUGUGGGGGUGUUGCAUGCUGGUACACAGGUUCAGUGCAUGGAAGCGGUAUGUCAUUUUCAGGUUUGGUUAUUGGCAAUUCUUCAAUUAUUUCUGUGUUGAUGCUGCAUGUAGUUUUCAGUAGUGGAUUGGUUACUGGUGGUAGAUCUUCGGGAGGGAAUAGUAGGCUUAGUAUAGGUUGCUUUUUACCGACUGAGUUUGAUGCAUGUUGACUUCUGUAUUUGGUGGUGGGUUAUUUGUAUGUUGAUUUUGGGUUGUUUUUGUUGUAUGUGCUACCGUGUAAGAUGUAUUUGUUCUGUUAUGAUUUUGUUGUGUUUCACCUUGACUCUUGUGACCUCCAUCACACUUAUGAUUAUUCCCAUUUAAACGAUCUCUGCCAUCAUAAUAUGCUCCUUUAUCCUGUUGUUUACCAUUGUAAUAUUGGGAUCUAUUUCUGGAAUUAUUUUCCAAUGAUUGACCUCUGUUAUUAUUUUCGGUAUAUUUUGUAUAUCGAGUGUUUGCUCCGGCAUUUGACAUAUGAUUCUCACCAUUAUAAUUUCUUCUGAAAUGGUUGCUAUUAUGCUGAAGAGAAUGAUUGGGAUUUCCUGAGUGAUCGUUUACCUGACUUGAUUCAGAAGUAACGGAUUGGAUACAAUGUAAAUGUUCUAUCAGUUCUUUACAACUGGAAAUGGAAGAUACUGCCAGUGUCAUGCGAACACGGAAGGGAAGCUUUUUGAAUAGUAUACUAGCUAGUGAUGAGUCAGCUAGAGAUUCGUCCAGUUGAGAAUUCCUGUACAUUACAUUAGCUACAAAUUCAGUAUAAGAAUGUCCGCCUCUAUUAUCAUAUGUGCAUGAUAUGAUCUCUGAUAGUGCGUCCAUCUGUUUACGUUUGCUCCAAUAUUGCUGCAGGAAUUGGGAGAGGAAAUCCUCCAGGCUCCUAAUGUCUUGCACCCUGUUCUGGAAAAACAUCAGCGGCUCGCCGAGUAAUAAACUGGACAAUUGGAAUUGCCACACUAACCAAGAGGUUGGUGGUGGCGGAUGGUGGUUGACUGGCUACAUGGGGCGGCGACUGGAUAGCGGCGUUCCCUGUUUCUUCGGCGGUGUUUGGAGCGGUCUGCGGAGACGCCGGUACCGGAUUGGACGCCCUCACUCCUUCAUCUCCACCAGCUGGACUCUCAUCGGAAUUUAUCGCAUCGACGGCAUUAUCAAUCCCAGUAGAAGACAAUUGGGCCAGGUUUUGUGGGUCGAUCAAUUUCGCAUAUGCUGCUUCCUUCUCUCUCCCGUGGAGUCUCCGCUACAUUGUCCCGGGGUUGGUGAUCGGCCGGUGUCAUGGUUGUAGGGUUUUGGGGAUGGUCGCUAAAGUAGGAAAUUUGCGAGUUAGCCGGCGACUGGUUCAUGGUGACGAUAUGUAUGGAAUACUUCGAAUAAGUUGUCAAGUGUACUACCAAAUUUCAGUAAUAUUAAAGUGAACGUAUUGACAGUGCCUAUUUCGGAUAAAAUUGUGUGGUGUUAAUAAUUUCAAGUGUCAUGUACAUAUAUUACACAAAGACCAUCUAAGUGAUCCAGGUAUGAUAAUACACAUGGAGAAAAUUACUACCAAUAUAGCUCUUAAAAUUUUAGGUAGGGUCUUAUCUUCCUUAAUAUCAAUAAUAUUCUCAUAUUUAAAAUAAUCUAUAAUUUAUUGAUUUAUGUAAGCUUACUUCCAUGCACGGCACGAACUCAUAGAACCCUGAGAUAAUUGAAUUGUUCUUUGUAUUAAUUAUUAUUUGCUCAUUGAUCAAAGUAUGUCAUGUUAAAUCUACAGACCGAACAGGUUUUAAGUUGUAGAAUUCUGAAUUGACUUGAA